AUGGCGGUCUCGCGCAUCGUGUUCCAGGCAAUCCUCGCCUUGGGCAUCUUUGCCCUAGCUGGUUUUGUCCUGGCCGGUGACCUUUCCAUCACCAAGGCUGAGACCUUCCCGACCAUCGCCUCCGACGCCGGCCUUUCCGUCCGUGAUGACACGAUCCCUUCUCACGACUGCGAAGACAUUCUCAAGCGCGGCAUCACCCCUCAGAUUGACUGCUCCUACUCCGAAGAGAACUGUGGCUUUGAGGACGACAUUGAGUACAUCAUCCGCAUCAAGCCCAUGGGCAAGACCAGCACUUCCUGGUGUGGCAUGAUGCGGGCGCAGGUUGCUAAGGAGACCAACUCCUACGUCGAACAGAUUCGGAUGGAGAAGUGUGACCGCACGUACGAGGCCGACGAGAAUGGCGGUGGUAUGUGGCUUGUCCUCAAUCUUCCGCACAUCCACUUUCUCGGCGACCGCCGCCAAGACGUCGAGCGAGCCAUCAGAAACACCAUGUGCCCUGGUAGUCCGAAGCUGGACUAUUGGGUCAAUGAGCAGUGCUACCGUUCCAGCAUCUGCAGCAAGCGCGUCUGGAGUGAGGAUAAGCGCCGUAGCGUCCCUGCAGCCUUCAAGCAGGUUUCUCGCCCCAAGGGCCGCGAUGUCCCCGACGCCCACCCAGAUAUCAAAAAGCCUACCACCACUUUCGCCGCUGCCGCUGUUGUCGCCAACCCUUAGCAGAAUGGUCCUUCAAAACCAAGCAGAUUCCCAAGAUUACCACAAGCCAUUGCCAAGAGCCUCACUUCGGACUUGCUCCUCGACGACACCCGCACGACUGAGCGAGUACCUUUGGUUUGAAUCGCUCAAGAACACCGUUGUGAGACGCAGAUAUGAGGUUCAUAGGCUGCGGUCUCAGUCUACAAGAUGUGGUGGAGAGCUUGGGGAUGUGCUUGC